UAUAUAUACCACACAUAAAAUCAUAUAAAACAAAAUGUCCUUACAACAACAAUUACCACAAGCACCACAAACGAUACCACAACAACAAUUUCCAUUAAUUCCAAAAAUUAUCAAUGGUGGUAUCGCUGGAAUAAUUGGAGUAUCAUGUGUAUUUCCAUUGGAUUUAGUAAAAACACGAUUGCAAAAUCAACAAAUUGGCCCCAAUGGCGAGAAAAUGUACAAGAAUAUGUUCGACUGCUUCCGAAAAACAUAUCGAGCAGAAGGUUACUUUGGUAUGUAUCGAGGAUCCGGCGUAAAUAUAUUGCUAAUAACACCAGAGAAGGCGAUCAAAUUAACUGCAAAUGAUUAUUUCCGACACAAAUUAACCACAAAAGAUGGAAAAUUACCUAUAAGUAGCCAAAUGAUUGCUGGUGGAUUAGCGGGAGCAUUUCAAAUAAUAGUAACUACACCAAUGGAAUUAUUAAAAAUUCAAAUGCAAGAUGCUGGACGUAUAGCUGCACAAGCUAAAACGGCAGGCAAAACUAUAGAAAAAGUGUCAGCAACAAAACUGGCAAGUCAGUUAAUAAAAGAAAAAGGCAUUUUUGGAUUAUAUAAGGGUAUUGGUGCAACCGGCUUAAGAGAUGUGACUUUCUCCGUAGUUUACUUCCCAUUAUUUGCUACACUAAAUGCUUUAGGACCAAGAAGAAAUGAUGGAUCCGGGGAAGCUGUGUUUUGGUGCUCAUUCUUGUCUGGUUUAGCUGCAGGCUCAUUCGCAGCGCUUUUUGUUAAUCCAUUUGACGUAGUUAAAACACGCUUACAAGCUAUUAAAAAGGCUGAUGGAGAGAAAGAAUUUAAGGGCAUAGGUGACUGUAUAAAAAAAACAUUACAGUACGAAGGCCCUACAGCAUUCUUUAAAGGUGGACUUUGCCGAAUGAUUGUUAUAGCUCCAUUAUUUGGUAUUGCACAAAUGGUAUAUUUCCUUGGAGUAGCUGAAGGAUUAUUAGCAAUGAGAUCUAAGGAAGAAACAACAUAAUUUUUUUAACUCCAUUCAGACUAUUGAACAAUUUCUGAUUAUAUAAAUGUUGAAGCAUUUGUCUGUGUUAUUGUUGAAAGUUACAAAUUUAAGUCAUUUUUGUGUUAGAUGUAUUAAAAAUAUAUUAUAAAUAUAUAUACAAAUGCGUAACGUAAUAUCCGUCUAAAUAUAUUUUGAUUUGCAGAAUUCACAUAUGCUUCAAUUCUUCAUUCUUAAAAAGAGCUAAAAAAAGUAAAGACAAUAAAUUCAAGAAA